GUAAAUACUAAGUGCUAUCGAUAGUGUACUUUUGGAAACGAUUUCACAAUGACCGAAAGUGAUCAAAAAAUUAUGGCUUUCUGUAAAAUGGAGAGCGAAAACAGCAAGGAUCAGAAAAGAAAAGUUGGUGCGUGUGUUAUUAAUGAUCAAGGACGAAUGAUAGGUUGGGGUUUUAAUAAUAUGCCUAGAGGUAUUGAGGGUUUUGACAAAUACUGGGACUCUAAAUCGGAAAAAUUGCUUUGUGUGUGUCAUGCGGAAUUGAACGCAAUUGCCAUGUGUAAAGGCCCAUUAAAUAAUGCAAAACUUUAUUGUACAACGUUCCCUUGCCACAAUUGUGCACAAUUAAUUGUACAGAGUGGCAUUAAGCAAGUUUUUUAUGCUACAAACCUAGGUAAAGGUUGGAGAUUCAGUGCCUCGGCUUCAAAACAAAUUUUUAGAGCCGCACAAAUUGAAGUCAAGGAAGUAGCUCCUUCUGAUGAUCCUUACGAGGAAAUAGAAGAUUUUAUAAGACCUAUGAAGGACAGUCAUUAAAUUUAUAAAAUAUAUGUAGUUGUGUCAAAGAUAAUAAACAUUAAACACAAGGUGAUAA